AAUCGACGACUGUUUUUGUGCAUCUCGGAAACUGGAUGCAGUUGCCACUGAAGCGAAGUUCAAGCAGGACCUGGGUUUCCGGAUGCUCAACUGUGGCCGAACAGAUCUGGUUAAACAAGCCAUAUCCUUGCUGGGGCCGGAUGGAAUUAACAGCAUGAGUGAACAGGGCAUGACUCCACUGAUGUAUGCUUGUGUCAGGGGUGAUGAGGCUAUGGUGCAGAUGCUGCUAGAUGCUGGAGCAGAUCUGAAUGCUGAGGUUGUCAGUACUGCUCAUAAAUACCCAUCCGUCCACCCUGAGACCCGCCAUUGGACAGCUCUGACAUUUGCUGUGUUGCAUGGACAUAUUCCUGUAGUUCAGCUGUUGCUGGAUGCUGGAGCAAAGGUAGAAGGUUCCUUGGAGCAUGGAGAGGAAAAUUACUCUGAAACUCCUUUACAGUUGGCAGCAGCUGCUGGAAAUUUUGAACUGGUCAGUUUGCUGUUGGAGCGAGGAGCUGACCCCAUGAUAGGAACAAUGUACAGGAACGGCAUUUCCAUGACUCCACAAGGUGACAUGAACUCUUUCAGUCAGGCUGCUGCACAUGGACACAGGAAUGUCUUUCGUAAGCUGCUUGCUCAGCCGGAGAAGGAGAAGAGCGAUAUUCUGUCGCUGGAGGAGAUCCUGGCUGAGGGGACGGACUUGCCUGACUCAGCGGCAGGGCCAGCCAGCCGCAACAGCAAGGCCAAGCUGAAAGCCCUGAAGGAGGCCAUGUACCACAGUGCUGAGCAUGGCUACGUGGAUGUGACCAUUGACAUACGGAGCGUAGGUGUUCCCUGGACACUGCACACGUGGUUGGAGUCGUUGCGCACGUCCUUCCAGCAGCACCGACGACCCCUCAUCCAGUGCUUGCUAAAGGAGUUCAAGUCCAUUCAGGAAGAAGAGUACACGGAGGAGCUCAUCACACAAGGGUUGCCUCUGAUGUUUGAGAUACUGAAAGCCAGCAAG